AUGCGGAUUCCACCAGACGAGGCACGAACAUUAACGAUGGGAAAGUCUACAUUAUUAGCCGGGGCGGCAGUUCUCGUAUGUUUUGCGCACUCCAACUUUGGAGUCGCUUCAAUCGUCCACCGCAUGAACCUCCCCGGCCCCAAAAUUGCUCCUGUGGACUUCCUUGACAAAUAUGACCAUAAACUGCGGCAGUUCGCAGAGCUUUUUGCUAACAGUUCGACGGGAAGAUUAUUGAGGGAAGUCGUCGAGGACUUGGCAGCUCACCCGGCGAAGAAAUUCGGCGUUCAUAUCGGUUCGGCCGCUGCUGUGCGGCGGCCAGUUUACUACCCUGAGCAUGUUCCAGUUUUCAAAGGUAAUUCGCUCGCUAUCUCCGAAGUGUUAUAA